AAUUUUGUAGUUUACACUGAUUUUACUAAACGUUCACGUUGUUGAUUUUACUUUCGCUGACAAAAAAUAUUGAAAAAUUGUUUUAAUUUCCAGAAUUACUUAAAUAAACAGACAGACUCUUCCGUUCUGUCCCGUUUUAUUAACCAAAUUAAUUUUACUGAUUUUGUGACAUAACUUUGGAAAAUAAUAUAGGAAUAUCCCCCUUCACAAUAAUCCAACUACAACUUGUUUAGGGCUUGUUCUAUUCCAUAUCUCCCUAUCUUUAAAUUCAAAAGAUGAGUUCUGACGAUAUCAACAUUAGCGAUUUAUUGGAACUUAUUGGAACCAUUAAUCACUCUAACUUUGACAUAAUUGUCCCGGAGAUUGAAAGUAUAGUCGCGGGUAAAGUAAUUCCGGAGUUGAAUCUAAGCAUGCUCGAUGACCAGAUGAGUAAUCCAAAGGACUUUCCGGCUUCGAUUAAAAUACCCAACGGUAUUGCCGAAGAUAUGACUGACCGAACGACCAUGCCCUGCAACACGAAUUUGGCGAAACUCGCAGCUGGUAUGAUGUCUUCGACCCUAAUUUGCUGGGGAGUUAUUCGUCGCCCUGAUCGCAAAUUAGCGUUUCAGUUUUUGUCGCUGAGACGAAGUCCCAAGGCGUCGACAUCAAAGCUAAUGCCUACGGUCAUAGUUAAUUCCAAGAAGAAGACGAAGCAGGUCCACGCUCCACAACAACAAUAGAAGACUACAAAGCUGACAUAAGUAGACAUUCCGAAGCAAUCAAAAUAUAGAUAAUAAUGCUAAAUUAUAUAAGUAGUACUUAUGUAGGUAAUUAUUCUUUUUACAUGUGACAGAUUAGAAAUUAAUUAUUGUCUCUAUACAUGGUUUUUGUAUGCAUUAGUGUUAGCUGAAUCAGUGUUAAUUUAAUCCAAGGACGGACCAUAUAAAAUUUAAUACAUCUGAUUUGUAUAACUUUUA